AUGCCCAAGGGACUGACAUCGAAAGCUAAGAAGUCAGUUCAAUCUACUCUACAGUUCAGCUCUACUCCUGUUGUUAUAAAAUGCACAAAAUGUUUGAUGACAUAUAGUAAUACGUCCCCAUCCGACUUAUUGCAACAUAAGCAAUAUCACGAUCUGCGAUUGAAUGGAAAAAAGUGGUCAAAUUCAUGGGGUGAUGUUGUUACUAGAAUGGAGCCUCGUAAGGGAAGUCCUUGUUCUAAUUAUCAGAGCGAUGAGUAUAUUGUAAUGAUUUCGCCAAAAAAACCAAAAGAAGUGAAGGCGACGCUAGAGUUAUUAACCAUUGUAAAUGAUGAGCUGAAUGCUCCUCAUGAUGAAAAUGCAUUUUGGUCAGAGAUUAACGAGUCUGGUGGCCAACAAGGGAAGGCAUUCGUGUAUAUAAAGAACAAUCGAGCUGUUGGCGUGAUAACUGUGGAGUACAUUGAAAACACUCACAGGGGCAAGUGGAUGGUGCUGGAAACCAAAUCAAUUGUACCCAAAGUAGUACCUGAUGUAAAAUUGGGGAUAUCGAGAAUAUGGGUGUGUCGAAAUCAAAGGAACCAAAAGAUAGCUACAAGAUUAUUAGAAUCUGCAAGAAUCAAAUCUAUAUACGGAUGCGUUGUUAAUAAAUGGGAAAUGGCAUGGUCACAGCCUAGUCAAAGUGGGAGUAAACUAGCUGAAAGUUAUAACGCCGUCAAGCAUGGCUCGGGAAAACUUUUGAUUCCGUGUUAUAUAUGA